AUGUCUUUAUCAGUUGCAGGAAAGAAAGCUGGACCAAUUGGGUUCGGGUUAUUGGGGCUUUCCAGACCUCCAGCCAUCCCCUAUGACCAAGCAAUCAAAGUCAUGAAAGCCGCCCUCAACCACGGUGCCAACCUCUGGAACGGCGCCGAAUUCUACGGCACCCCCACAGAAAACAGCCUACACCUUCUAAACCACUACUUCACAACCUACCCCGAAGACGCAGCCAAAGUAAUCAUCACCCUCAAAGGCGCCUUCACUAUGAGCAUGUCUCCUCCCGGACCCCAAACCAACACCGCAGGCAUCCGCCAAAGCAUCGACAACUGUCUCGCCAUCCUCGACGACAAAGUCUUCCUCGACGUCUUCCUCCCCGCCAGAAUCGACCCCGAUGUUCCCAUUGAAGAAACCGUCACCGCGAUAGUCGAGUACAUCAAAGCCGGGAAAAUCGGCGGCUACGGUCUCAGCGAAUGCAGUGCUCAAUCCAUCCGUCGCGCCCACGCUAUCCACCCUCUUUCAAUGAUCGAAAUCGAACUAUCCCUCUUUGCAACCGAGAUCUUCAGCAAUGACGUCGCAGACGUAUGUGCAGAGCUUCACAUCCCGAUCAUUGCCUACUCGCCCCUCGCUCGCGGUUUCCUCGCUGGAGGAAUCAAGAAAGCGGAGGAUUUGCCGCAAGAUGAUAUCAGGCGCCGCUUCCCGCGUUUCCAGGACGGGGCGUUGGAAGCGAAUAUCAAGCUUGCGGAGAAGGUGAGGGAGGUUGCCGAGAGGACGGGGUUUACGAUGGCGCAGGUUGCUAUUGCGUGGGUGAGGAGACAGGGGGGAAGGUUGGGGACGGUUAUUCCGAUUCCGGGGUGUACGACUUUGGGGAGGCUGGAGGAUAAUAUGAGGGUUGUUGAGGUGGGGGAGGAGGAGUUGAAGGUGUUGGAUGGGUUGAGUGAGAGGAUGAGGGUUGUGGGGGAGAGGUAUCCGGAGGCAUUUUUGAAGUAUACUUAUGUUUAG